UAGACUAACGAGAAUUCACAUUUCUGGGUCUGAAGUCUGAAUUGAUCCGAGCGAACCCACUCACAACAUUUGCGUGCGAAGCCCAAAGAUGAGCCCUUGCUGCGACCGAAGCACGGAGAAUCAGCUCACCCUAGCUAAUGCCGACAAGGAGGAUCCAAAAUCGAGGGGCAAGAAAAUGGAGAGAGAUGAGGGUUUGAACACCGUGGUGCGGUGCCUGAGAGGAAGAUUGCUCGCUGAAAGGCAAGCCUCUAGAGUUGCUAAUGAGGAAGCAGAGUCUAUGGGCAACAAGUUGGUGGAGCUGGAAAAGAAACUCAGAGAUGAGAUCGAAUUAAGAGAGAAAGCGGAGAAAAGGCUCAAAAAGCUGAAAAAGAAGCUUCAGUCCCUCAAGUUAUUCUCUAUAUCAGAAGAAUCAGUGCAAUUAUCUUCGCCGGAGAAAUCUGAAAGUUCUUGUUGGAGAUCGCCUGCAAGUAGCUCUGCUUCUAGAGACUCAGAGGCGAGUGGAACCAAGACUCGUACAACAGACUCAUAUUGGUUGGAGAACGCAAUGCACAGUGUUUCAGAACCCUCAGCCUCCAUGACACAUGGCUAUGAUGACUCUCAGGGUUCUGAUAACUCCACUAGUAAUUCAAAUUCAGAUUGUUCUUCCCCCAAGAACUCAAUUUCUCAGGAUUUGAAGCAUGAUGAAAGCAGUUCGACCUCAAGAUCAUCUUCAAAAGAUUCCAGUUCUCAAGAUUUGAAGAACGACGAAUGCAGGCUGUCAGGAUUAAGCUCAAAAUCCUCAGUGACCGAGUACGAGGAUGAUGACAGAGAUUUCAUCGACAACUCUCUGGCACUAGUUCCAGUGAACUUUCCAAUAACAAACACAGAGGCAAGAAAAGUAAAGCCAGUUCAUGAAAGUGUGGUUGAAGCUCUAGAUGCAUUAAGGCACGCGAGGGAAAAGCUACUAUGCUCAAUGGGAACAAGGCACAUGAUUCAAGUUGGCCCUACCUAAGUUAUCACACUGAUAUCUUAAUUAUUAUAGUAAUUAUGCUGAGCUUAUUUUUCUAGUCACGUUGAUGUAUGAUGGAAAAUGAGAUUAGUUAGCCCUGGAAUUGGAGCAAGAAAGAGUAAAGUUGAUACGAUGACUGGCCUUAGCUGGAAGGUAAAGUUUCUUUUGGGUGUGUCACUUGUCACACAUGUCAUGUGAUGUAGGGAUUUGCUGUCAGGCUGAGGUUUGAGCUAAGGGGGGGGGGGUUCCGAUCAUUCUGUUGACAGUAAAAGGGUCUGAGUUGUGGAAUGAGGUCCCUUGAUUCUCGUGACUUUCGCAACCAUUAUGAUUUUUUUUUUCUUUCGAGUUUCAUGG